GCUAUUGGUUGAUGAUGCGCAAACGCAGGUACAGACUGUAUCUCGACUGACAGGCUGGCGGCGACUUGCAUUGUGCGUUGCAGCGCUACUUCUACGAGUGGCAAGAGAGAUUCGAUUCCCACAACAUCCUUAACAUCGAUCCAGUGUCGCAGAAGAUCCCCGAAAUCUUCACCUGGCGCGUCUUUCGUAGGCUCGUAAAGGCGUGCAUGACGUUGCAAAGGGGCACUUCCGAUCCCACAACCGUCCAGCCCGUUGAAGGCUGGAAACCAAUCACCCACCUCGACGUAAGCCUCGCCAACAUAUUCCUGCGCCCCCACAGAACAGCACUGCAUCUGAGACUCGUCUUGUCGGACAUGGGCAUGGGUUUCUUCCCCCUCCAGUCUCUCGUUGCGGAUCCUGGACAAGAACCGUUCCCGGCCGACAACCCGACUGAAUACGCCCUCGAGCAACGCGACGCAAGGUACGCACCCGAGCACCAGUUCAUGGCCAACAACCGCCCGCCCACACCCAUCGGGGAGAAGACAGAUGUGUGGAAGAUAGCCGCUGUGAUCUGGCAGUUGCUGAGUCACGGUCGCGACGGCGAUGCACCACUGCGCGAGGACCUCGUGGUCUGGCGUCGCGAAAUGCAGAGAUACGAAUAUCACGAGGUCGGUGUUUCCGAGGCGGAUUGGGGUCUUUGACAUCACGUGCCAUACUGCCGCAGCCGCAUC